CUGUGAGGUGACGAUGCUGUUGACGUUUAUUGAUAUAAAAGCAGAGGGCUCCAUUCCAGACACCUGUGUCGACCUGCUGGUUUAUUUCUGCUUAUAACAACAUCUCUCUAAAUAAGCAACCAUGAAGUGGUCCGCACUCGCUGGUGUUAUUGGCCUUGCUGGGUCCGCUCUGGCCCAGCUGGACUCGAGUCCAUUCGUCGACGCGGACACUGGAAUAACUUUUCAGUCCUACACAACCACGGAUGGUAUCACUUACAACCUGGCUCUUCCGGCAGAGGCGACCGGCGAUGCUGCCUAUGACGUGAUCCUCCAGAUCGUAGUACCGGUGGAACUGGGCUGGGCCGCAUGGGCUUGGGGCGGUGCCAUGACUUACAAUCCUCUGACUAUCGUAUGGCGCGACGGAGACAAGGUUCAGUUUUCCUCCCGCGAAGCUACCGGAUACUACCUGCCUGGCGCGUACGAGGAUGCGAAGUACACGGUCCUCAAGGGCACCAGCGCCAACGAGACGCACUUCAAAUUCACGGCGCUCUGCACCGGCUGCGCCAGCUGGACCGACUUCGACGGAAACCCGUACAUCCUCAACGGCGCCGGGGACACCAACUUCGCCUACUCCUUCUCCGCGACCCCGGUCGAGGAGCCGGCGAAUCCGGAGACGGGCUUCAGCAUCCACGACAGCGUGGGCCGGUGGAUCCACGACCUGGGCAACGCCCGAUCCGACAAGUUCAAGGAGUGGGUGACGACCAACACUAUCGCGUAGGUACAAAAGAGAACAACUCGAACAGAACGAAUAAGGUUUGGCUUGGACUUAUAAAUGAGAGCAGCACGGACCUAGAGCUAUGAGAUUCGAGG